AUGGCGACACCUGAGCGACAGGAACUUAUUCGCAAUGCAGUCGCAUUUCUGGCUGACCCUAAGAUGCUGUCCUCGUCGCUCUCGCAGAGGGUGCAGUUCUUAGAAGCAAAAGGACUCUCUAGUGCGGAGAUUGAUGAAGCCAUGAGGCAAGCCGCUCUAAAUCAGAGUGGUCCCAGGGUGCCAGCACAGUCGUAUCCAUCCGCAUAUCCCCCGGUAUACGGUCCCGCUCCGUAUGCGAUUCAACCACCACUGGAGCGGUGGGAUUGGAGGGACUAUUUCAUUACAGCUGUCGUCUCUGGCAGUGUCGCCUACGGCGCAAUAUCAUUGUUCAAUAAAUAUGUUCUCCCUCAUCUACAGCCUCCAUCCGUGACGGCAUAUGAGGCUGAUCGUGACGCACUUACAGCUCAAUUCGAUGCAGCAGAGGCUCUUCUCAAAGAAAUCCAAGAGGAGGCGGCCGCAGUGCGAGUUGCAGUGGAGGAGCAGAACGCCAAGGUCGAGAAAGCCACACAGGAUGUGGAACAUGUAGUCAAAGACAUGAGGGAGGGAGAAAUGAAGACAAGGGAUGAGAUGCGUGAAAUCAGAGAAGAAGUCAACAAUGUGCGCGAGAUGCUGCCCAAGAUGAUGGAGAAGAAUAAGGAGAGUCAAGCACAGUCUAUGGCUGAGCUGCAACAAGAGCUGAAGUCUCUGAAAGCGUUACUUCUCAGCCGCGGGCCAAGUGCACCGAGUGGACUAUCAACACCGAUUCUGCCAGGAAAACCGUCUAUACCAGCCUGGCAGCUAGCAGGUGCCUCUCCGAAUGGUGGGCUUGGUGGUAGUUCGUCGUUGCCAUCCUCCCCUGGCUCGGCUGCUCCCUCUCUUGUAGUGCCAAACGGCAAAGGGAAAGAGGUUGACGUACCGUUGGACACGUAA